AUGGGGUAGCUAGGGCAUUUGAGAGUUCCCCACGAUUAGUGCGUUUCGGUUAAAAUUCUUGUUUUUAAGUACCUCUCAUCCAUCUUUCUUGACAUCUUUUGCAGCCGUUCUGUGCUCUUGCUUAACUGUACCCUUUUUCAGUGCAAAUGACAGAAACACUUUUGUCCACUGAACCAGUUAUCUUCACUUGGAGAUGCCAUUUUAUAGGAACUUGAUAACUCUGACGCUCUUUGUGCGAUUUGGUCAGCUGAUCUUAAAAUAUGUUCUGAGCAAAAGAAUGUGAAGGUGUUGCAGGUCUAUGAGUGCAAGACUUUACUCUAGAACUACCACUGACUUUCAAAUGGAAAAGCUCGUGCAAAUGUCUUCUUUACGUUUCUUCUUUUUCUUAUUUUGGCAGAAUUUGCUGGCUGAAAACUGUAUCCUGGCAGAAUUAUUUAAGUUUAAGAGUGGGAUCGCCGCGCGACCGGAAGACGUGACAUAACCGGAAGUGGUUAUCUGAGACAGCUUUCAUCUCGGUGUGAAGGUUAAAAUACCAACAUAGAGCCGGCGGGAACCAGAGAUCUCCAAUCUCCAACAUAAACAAGGGACGUGAUUGCGUACACUCGUAGCACUGACCAUCUUUUAGGCGAUAAGUUCUAAAAGAAAGCGAUCGUAGCGUUCGAUUGUAUUCAAAAAGUUGUUUGUGUGGGAUAACGGCAGGAGGCAGGAAGAAUGCCGAUCGACGAUUUGCCGCGUUGGAGUGCGGCGGGACAAUUUGUUUUCACGUGUGUCAUGUUGAUUUUGUUGAGCAGCGAACGAAGAGCAAACGGAGGCCUUCCCUUGGAGCCGCCAAACUUCAAAAUCGGUGAUAAAGUCGUUUUGGAAACGAGUUUGUCGUGUGGUGUCGGAAUGUUCCAAAACAAACAAGAUUCAAUGACUCGGUGUGCUUCAGCAAGCGAAGGUGGGUCAAACCAGACAAGGUGGUUGCAAAGCGAAGACUGUUCGGCUUGCGAUCCUUUGAGUAACACUACAUUGAGCAUAGAGAGUGUAAUGGGAGCCGGCGUGAAGCGUGAAUGGAGAUCUCUUCCUAAAACAAGCGAUAGCGUACUACAGGAGAUCAAUAUCACCAUCAGGUUUCCACAGGUAUGCGUUAUUAUUUGCAAGCCGAGACCUUUUCUAAAGUAGUUCUGUACCGUUCUGUGGGAGCUAGUUUCAGCCGAUAGAGGAAAGCUGGGUAUUGCGGAGCCCGCGGUUUUCGUCAGCGGAAUGGCUUAGAAACUUCACGUGUACAAAUGUAGCCGACGCGGCCGCUCUCGCCACAACCUCGUCCGCGGGGAUUUCUCCUCGAAGAGUGGAGAAGACCCUGGGGACGACGUUGAUGCCGCCAAGGUCACCGGGAGAAUUAGAACAAUCGCUCACUUACAUUGGUUUCGGCAAAAGUUUUCCACUCUCAUCUGAAAUAUAUAGCGUCCACAGGUUGGCAUGUGACGAUACGUUUCUUGCCGAGAACAUUUUGCAACAUAAAGAGGGUCGGAACUAGAAAGAUUUUCGUGGUUUCAAAUGAGCUACUAUAAAUUCCAAAAGAGAAUGUUUCCCCGUUAGUUUUCAAGCUCUGAAUCGUAACAGUAUUGUAGUCGUUCAGUCUCCAUCCUGCUGAUAGCGUAUUAUUGGAACUUGUUGCAAUAACUCGUUACGAGUGCAUGGUACACAAAGACGGCGAAAAUAAGUAGAUAUGUCCUUCAUACAACCAUAAGAGUAAAGGAAUUCAUGCACUAGCACAAGCACAAGCAUAUUCUAGUACAAUAGAAAUUACAUUGGACACUCGUUGCGACAGUUUUCGCCGCCUUGCCCCUCUUCGUAAACGGCUGCAACUUGUAAUUGGUUGCAGAAACGAUGAAAAACUGUUCAUAACCAUUUACGAUCAUGUUUCAUAUAAUAACUCGCGUGACGGAUUAGAGAACGCUAAAGCUGUUCGCAGUCCUGUUUCCGCCUGUUUCCGAAACAAACAAGUAAUCUGGAAAAGGCUCGGAAAGCGUUGGUGGACUUGGAGGAUAAUUUUUGAUACCGUCCAAAUGGCUGAAAACCGCAUCCCGCAUGUUCGGAGAAUACAGCAAUUAGAGAUUUAAAAAAAUCGAAAUACCGCAAGAAAAGAUGUCCAGGGACGAAUUUUUUUGCGUUAUUACGGUCCUCAGAAACCCUCAACGUCCCCCUCAAACUUCAAUUGUCGGAUGAAAAGUGGUUUGACAGGUGAACGUUUCACAGGGGUGGGUGGAGGGACGAAAUGCGUGGGGAUUGAAGUUUCCCAACACUUGUGACCAGGUUUGUAACCGCUUAGGAUUCCUUUUCAAGGAGAAGAAUUGGUAUCUCUCAUGCAAGAGUUUGUUGAAAUUUAAAACCAGCCUUACCUUAAUUCUUUAAAAAUACUAAAAACCUUCUACAUCCCGCGAAUUAUGAGAUGCUUUUAAAAUUUGUUUGGAUUUUUAAGGACGCAGUCUCAUUCCUCAUGUCUUAUCAUUGCCAGGUUUGUUUAGAUGUGCAUGAUAUCUUAUUUCAGAAUCGAUUCCGAAUCUCUCGAUGAUAUCAAAAGUUCUGCGACGUAGUCGGCAGGAUUCGAACCUGCGCGGGGAGACCCCAAUGGAUUUCCAGUCCAUCGCCUUAACCACUCGGCCACGACUACUUUGGUAAUUAAAUGCCGAGAAAAAAGGCUGAAAAAUCGGUCACGAAUAAAUACGUUAACGAUACCACAGCGAAAAGUGAAUAAAAAAGUGAUGUAAAGUAGUUAGAGAAAAAGUCGAAGGUAAACACAAGCAAACUGGUGAACUGGGAACGUGUCUUGAGUUUUCUUCAUGGUUUUAAGGUCGCCAGAAUCAUGUUGUUUGACAAGAAAUGAAAAAUUCCCCGAAGAUCCUGACUAAUGACCAUUCAACCUCUCUUUUCACGGUUGGAAUAGAAGAAAUUGUUGUAAAAAAGAGAAUUCCAUAUGGAAUUCCGACUGAAUUCCAUGUGAUGCUAUUGCUGCCAUUAAGUAGUAACAACAAUGGAUGACAAUAAGUAGUAACAACAAUGGAUGACAAACAGAUAAAAAAGUCAGGUAUUGUUGAAGUUAUCCGUCAGCAGCAGAGUGACGCAGUGGAAGCGUGCUGGGCCCAUAACCCAGAGGUCCGAGGAUGAAAACCUCGCUCUGCUAAAAUUUUUAUUUGUUAUUCUUUUUUUCUCGCAGUCAUAUCUUGUAAACGUUCUUCAAACGUAAGUUUUUGGAAUUCGAACUAAGAUCCUUAGUAAGGAUACUAUGACCUUUCUUUU